GUGCUGCCCCUGCGCGCCCGCCCGCUCCUUCGUGCACUGUUGUCAUGGAGGAGCCAAGAUGGCGGCCCUGGCCUACACCUUGGGCAAGCGGGAGAUCAACCACUACUUCAGCGUGAGGAGCGCCAAGGCGUUAGCGCUGGGCGCUGUCUUGGUGCUGGCCGCCUGUCACGCCGUCUCCCGUCGCUACCAAGGUGUGGAUACUUGUGAGUACCUUCUCUCUAGUGGCAGAUUUCUUGGUGAGAAAGUAUGGCAGCCUUACAGCUGUAUGAUGCAUAGAUACAAACAAAGUGAAGCAAAAGAUUGUCUCAGAGGGAAGCAUAUUGCAUUUAUAGGUGAUUCUAGGAUUCGUCAGCUGUUUUACUCUUUUGUAAAACUCAUAAACCCUCAAUAUAAGGAGGAGGGAAACAAGCAUGGAAACAUUCAUUUUGAAGAGAAAUCUUCAUCUUCUUUGUUUAAAGUGGAUUUUCUGUGGUAUCCGGAAGUCAAUGGCUCAAUGAAGCAAUGUAUCAAGUCUUGGAUUGAAGGUCCUUCUCCAAAGCCUAAUAUAGUUGUAGCAGGAGCUGCUACGUGGUCUAUCAAAAUUCAUAAUGGAAGCAAUGAAGCACUCACACAGUAUAAGAUCAACAUCACAUCAAUUGCACCUCUUCUGGAAAAUUUGGCAAGGAGUAGCGAUGUCUACUGGAUUUUACAAGAUCCAGUUUAUGAAGAUAUGUUGAGCGAAAAUAGGAAAAUGAUAACUAAUGAGAAAAUAGAUGCCUACAAUGAAGCAGCUGUCAGUAUUUUGAACAGCAGCUCCAGAAACUCAAAAGCUAAAGUAAAAGUUUUCAGUGCACCUAGGCUGAUAGCAGAAGAGACCAUAAUUCAGUCAUCAGAUGGCUUACAUCUCCCUGAAUCAAGCAGAGAAACAAGUGCAAUGAUUCUUAUGAACAUCCACUGCAACAACAUUAUGAAGCCAAUUGAUGGUUCCUGCUGCCAGCAUCAGCCUCCAGUCACAUUGAUACAAAAGCUAGCCUUUUGCUUUUUUGCUUCUUCUGUAAUUGGAUACUUAAUUCUGCUUCUCAUCCGUCGGAACAAUCACCGGAAAAACAAGCCAUGCACUGAUAUGGAAAGUGGAGAGGAGAAGAAACCUGCUACUAAUAACCCCACAGUUUCUACGCUAGAGACACUUCUGCAGUGCUUGUGUAAACUUGGUUUGAUUAUGGGUUACUUCUACAUGUGUGACAGAGCAAAUCUGUUCAUGAAAGAAAAUAAGUUCUACACUCACUCAUCUUUCUUCAUACCAAUCAUUUAUAUUCUCGUGUUAGGAGUAUUUUAUACUGAAAAUACUAAAGAGACGAAGGUAUUAAAUAGGGAGCAGACAGAUGAAUGGAAAGGGUGGAUGCAACUUGUCAUUUUGAUUUAUCAUAUCUCUGGAGCAAGCACUUUUCUACCCGUGUACAUGCACAUCCGUGUUUUGGUUGCUGCAUAUCUUUUCCAAACAGGCUAUGGGCAUUUCUCGUACUUUUGGAUUAAAGGAGAUUUUUGCAUUUAUAGAGUAUGUCAGGUUCUAUUUCGACUGAAUUUCCUUGUUGUGGUGUUGUGCAUAGUGAUGGAUCGGUCUUACCAGUUCUAUUAUUUUGUUCCUCUAGUCACUGUCUGGUUUAUUAUCAUAUAUGUUACAUUAGCUCUGUGGCCUCAGAUAGUUCAGAAGAAAGCUAAUGGCAGUUGCGUCUGGCACGUUGGUUUACUGCUGAAACUAGUUUGCCUGUUCAUCUGUAUAUAUUUUCUAGCCUGUUCUCAGGGUGUAUUUGAGAAGGUUUUUUCUUUGUGGCCUCUAUCCAAGUGUUUUGAGCUAAAUGGGAGCAUCUAUGAAUGGUGGUUUAGGUGGAAAUUGGAUAGAUAUGUUGUUUUUUAUGGGAUGUUGUUUGCUUUUAUUUAUUUAACAUUUCAGAAGCGUCAGGCUCUCUCAGAAGGAAAAGGGGAGCCACUUUUCCCCAACAAAGUUUCAAAUAUUUUAUUAUUUAUUUCAGUUGUUUCUUUCUUGACAUAUUCUAUUUGGGCAAGUAGCUGUAAAAACAAAACUGAGUGCAAUGAAAUGCAUCCAUCAGUUUCUGUUGUGCAGAUUUUAGCUUUCAUCUUUAUCAGGAAUAUACCUGGCUAUGCUCGUUCUGUAUAUAGUUCAUUUUUUGCUUGGUUUGGCAAAAUUUCUCUUGAGCUUUUCAUCUGUCAGUACCACAUCUGGCUAGCAGCAGAUACCAAGGGAGUCUUGGUACUCAUUCCAGGAUAUCCCAUGUUCAACAUUAUUGUCAGCACUUUUAUAUUUGUGUGUGUGGCACAUGAAAUUUUCCAGAUCACAAAUGAUCUUGCACAAAUUAUUGUUCCAAAAGAUAAUGCAGUUCUACUGAAAAGGUUGUUGUGUGUAGGUGUAUUUUUUUUUGGACUUCUCUUUUUAUCAUCAAUACAAGAACAAUCAAGGCAACCUAUAAUAAAUCCUUAACUCUUGGCUAUGGGCCUCCUUUGUGUCUGCCAGAGGCAAAAAACAAAACAAAACAAAAUCAGCUGGAAUCACACAGCUAUUCGCAACUUUUACACAUUUGCACAGUACAAGAAAAAUAUAAUGAAGUCUACUGUACAUGGCAGAAAUUUCAACAUUUUGCAUGGGAAUAUCCACUCACUAAUGGAAACCAAAACAGAAAUGCACUGUAUAAAACUGCACGAGGAAAAAUGCAUCUUUUCUACUGGACAUUAUUUCUGUUUACUUCUUUACAAACAGUCAAAUCAGAAUGGACCUCUACAGAGCUAUUUAGGUACUGUUGCAUCAAUUUUACAUGGAGGCAUUAUCAAACCAUUAAUUACUACUAUAACUGCAGUAAAUGUAUUUGUAUGUUCCAUUUAUAUGCUGCUUUUAUUGCAUAAAGUAAAAUAAUUUGGCCCUAUUAACUCAGUUAAAAAUAGUUUCCUAUCAUCAUACAUGUAGUUUACGAAGAGAAAUUCCUAUAUUUCCGCACUGUAAUAAAGACUGAUACUUCUCUUUAAGAAGUUCAGUAAUGAUGUGUCAUCAGUUUUCUAUUAGUCACUGAAAAAUUUCUAAAUUACUUAGUAACUGGUUUUAUUAAUAUUUCAGUUAUUACUAAUACAUAUCUAGGAAACCCUACCACACUGGGGAGAGAACAAUCACAUUAAUAUAAUCUUCAUAUCCAUGUUUACAAACUGUAGCAUAGCAUUUCAAUGAAGGUAAUUUAUAGUAAA